GAAAUGUUGUUUGUUGUUAAUGUUGUUAUCGCAAUCAAUUCCUUGUUGCACUGAUUACAAUGUUGUGAAAACGAUUCCACGACUUUUAGUGACAAUUAUCAUUUCGUUAUCAGUUAAUUAUCCUCAAGCCAAUCGAAGUCAUCUCAUAAAAUCCGUACCGCCUAAAUUUGCAGUCUUACGCGGCGCGGAAAUUCUUCAACUAAUCGUUCUGCCCGCAUCAAAUGCCACCCAGCAUGCGAAUUUAAGUUACUUACCUUUUAAAGUCUGAAUUUCUGCAAUGAUGGAUGGAAGUGAAGAUCGUGUCGCUGCUUCUGCAGUGGCUAUGGAAUCAGCCUCCUCUGAGGAUUAUGAAAGUGAUGCCGAGAUGCCAGUUGCCACAACUUUCGAUCGUACUUUGAGCCAUCAUCACUCUUAUCUAGGUGAAACAGAAGUCUUACGAGGGCGGACAUUUUAUGAGGAUGGAGUCAUAGUCUCAAUGCCACUGUUGAAUUUUGAACACAUCGUAGUGCCAAAUCAAAUUUUCCCACUAACUGUCUUUGAAGACUAUUUCAAAGACUUGCUUUUGCAUUGUAUUGAAAAUGAUCAUACAUUUGGUGUGAUUAGUGGAAGGUACAACAAUUUCACAAAGAAUUCACCUUUGAUGGGAACAACAGUAGAAAUAUAUGAAUACAACUAUGGAAAUAACUCGGAUAAUUUUAUCGUUAAGACAAAAGGAAGACAACGGUUCAAAUUAAUAGAAACAGUAACUUUCUCCUCCAGUUUUCAGGUAGCAAAAGUAGAAAUUUUACCAGAAGUACAAUUACCAGAUUUUUUUAGUGAAAUUAAAAGUCACUCUUUAAAUAGAUAUCGAAAAUCUCGACCUCAAAGGUGUAAAAAAAGAGAAGCAGCCCUUACUCCGUGGCCGAACUGGGUGUAUGAUCAGUAUGAUGCCAAAAUUCUUGUCACAAAAAUCAAAGAUGCAUUAUACUCAGGGCACAAAGGUCUCAGUGUAAGUAUACCUGACGAUCCCUCAGAACUGUCAUUCUGGAUGGCGCAAUACUUAGCAAUUAAUGACGAGCAGAAGCUACAAAUUUUGAGGACGAAUAAUCCAAUUGAAAGACUGCGACUGGAAUACAACAUUUUGCUGAAGAGCCGAUUCAUGUGUUGUUCCACUUGUAAAAAUAAAAUUGGAAUGCAGUCAGACAUGUUUUCAAUGUCUGUGGAUGGUCCUCAAGGAACGUUUUGUAAUCCAAAUGGAUAUGUACAUGAUGUUCUCACUUUUUAUCAAGUCAAAGGUCUUCACUAUGGAACACAUCCACCAUCUCUUGAAUUUAGUUGGUUUCCAGAGUAUGCCUGGACGGUGGCUUACUGUGACUCUUGUAUGAAUCAUCUUGGCUGGAAGUUCACUGCAACUAAAGAUCAACUAGUGCCAAAAACAUUUUGGGGCAUACGGCGCAAAGGACUUGUUGCUCAGAUUGAUUGCAACCAUGAAUAUAAUGAAGGAUUGUUAAGUAUGCUUGAGUGAGUUUUUUUGACCCAAGACAGUUAAAGGUAAUUCCUUGAAAACACGUUCACAUGAUGGUCUCAAAGGACCUCUGAUCUAAUGAGAACUGUUAUUUCGUUCGUAGGUAGAUCAGCAUACAUUUGAUGGAACUCAUCUCCAAGCAUUUUACAACUCCAGCACGGGAACCAUCGUUAAGCACCUGAGCAAGGAGUUACAAAGAGACCUUCAUUUACCCACAUACUUCAGCUUCUGACUCAUAGUAUUGUGAAACCGAAAAUCAUUAGAGUAGGAUCUUUCAAUUUCAAGGUUUUGUAUCUGAAUGCAUUGCAGAGAAGCUAAGUGAAAAAAUCUUUGGUGGAUUUCUGUGGUUACUUUGGACGCCCUUUCAUGUAAAUCAAUUGGUGUAUUAAAUAUUAUUAUUGUACGGCUUUUGCACAACAUUUGUAGCUGCCGAUCUCUCUACCAUUCCACCAACCUGUCACUUAACAAUGGGCCAUGUGACAUUUUUGUAUUUACCGGUGCAGGCAUCUGAAAUGCAAACAACAAUCUCUAACUACCUGGCUGAUCGUUUAGGAAUUGAAUUGACUUCCUCCUGAAAAAGAAGUAUCCACAGCAAAAGUGCUGUGAUUUAAGCUUUCAAAAGUUUGUCCAUUCUCUUAACAGUACACUGAAUAUAUGAGCACACACUGGAAAUACACUGGACACUGGAAAUAUGAGCGUGUUACGGAAUCGCUAGUUAUAAGAUGUUGAGCGACUUUGAAAAAAAUUUAGAGUAGACACAAUAUGACCUGUGGGUCUUGAGGUGGGAGUCAGACCUUGAUUUUUGGGGUGUAGAGGUUUUAUAUAGCUUCUGUGACGCAAUACAUAUAUCUUGCCACGAGUUGAAAAGUCCUUAUCAGAUGGUUGGGCUUGGCUGUCUCCAAUCUUUCGAUUAAGUAAUCAUACUCAGAGAAAUUAGAUAAAAAGCAAAGGGGUGAAUGAUUGAAAAAGUAACUUUUUGAAUUUAAAAUGAAGAAAAGUGAGUUUUAUGUUGACUGGAACUGAAAUAAUGGUUUAAUAAAAAAAAAGGGAAGCAGGAAUGAAAAAUUGGGACUAGGAAAUAUUACAGUAAGUAUUGACGCUCUGAAUGGCUUGAAAUUUUUUCCAAGACUUUUUUUUAAAUAAAUUAACACAUUUACAAAACAUUCAGAAACUAUCAAACAAUUUUUAAAAAGUUUGGUUAGCUCUAUUUUGUACACUUUUUGAUGUUUUGUUUGAUAUGUACCUUUCUUUGUAUCUGCAUCCACAAAAUUUGAUUUUCCAUCAUGGAUCUUUUUUGUCACAGUUAAAACUGGAUAGGACGUAAGGAUUAAGCUUAUUUCUCUGAAGGAAAGCUUUAGUAGACUCAAAUCUUCCAUAAUUUUUUCAUUUUUAUACUUUACAUAUGUUUAAUAUUGAAAAAUUGAAAUAACAACAACAUCCUCUCCAAAUUAUGUCAACAUUUCUCAGAUUUUGUCAAAGCGUUGUCAACAUUAUCCCAAAGAUAUGGAUAUUGUCGAUGUCAUCCCAAUUGACUUUAAAAUCGGUCGAAUGAAUGCCAAAGUUGUUAGGCUAUAAGUUUCUUUUGCAAUAAUAAAUUAAUGAUGAUUCCUAAUUGUCUAAAA